AUGGCCCUUGCACUGUCCCUCAGAGGCGGUCAGAUUGGAAUCCAAAUAGGAAGUCAGUUCUCUGGAGGUCUUCUACAGAAACAGAAUGCUUCUUUCGGAAUUUCAGCUAGCUUCAACAUCUUCCCAUCACUGCUGACAAAUGUAGCAAUAACACCUGCUAAUCCUGCUCACAAUGGCCGUGUGUGCAGCACGUGGGGCAACUUCCACUUCAAGACCUUCGACGGGGACAUAUUCACCUUCCCCGGGCUCUGUAAUUACGUUUUUGCCUCCCACUGCAACGCUCCCUAUGAGGAUUUCAACAUCCAGAUUAGGCGUGAAGUGGUGGCAAACACUCCGACAAUCAACCGCAUCACCAUGAAACUCGAAGGUGUCGUUGCCGAGCUAACAAAAGAUGCUGUCAUGGUCGAUGGCAACAGAGUUCAACUGCCAUAUAGUCAAUCUGGUAUUACGAUAGAGAAGAGCAGCAUUUAUGUGAAAGUUGGCAGCAAAAUCGGUGUUGUGUUAUUGUGGAAUGAAAAGGACAGCAUUCUGCUGGAAUUGAAUGAGAAAUAUGCCAAUCAGACUUGUGGACUUUGUGGUGACUUCAAUGGCUUUCCCAUCUACAAUGAGUUCAUUUCAAACAAUAUUAAGAUGACAGCCUUGCAGUUUGGGAAUCUGCAGAAAAUGGAUGGGCCAACAGAACACUGUGAAGAUGCCACUUCUAUCCCAACAUAUAACUGCUCUGAUGAUCUUGAUGACAUAUGCGAGAAAACAUUGACCAGCUCUGCAUUUGCCGACUGUAAUGACCUAGUUGAUGUUAAAGACUACAUUAAGGCUUGCCAAGAUGACUUGUGCAGCUCUGAAGAAUCUAAAAACAGCUCGUGCAUCUGUGACACCAUUGCCGAGUACUCCCGGCAGUGUGCUCAUGCUGGUGGGCAGCCCCUGGACUGGAGAACUUCAAAACUGUGCCCCAAGACGUGUCCUUACAACAUGCAGUACCAGGAGUGCAACUCCCCCUGUACUGACACAUGCACGAAUCCUGAACGAUCUCUGUUUUGUGAAGAACACUGUAUCGAUGGCUGUUUCUGCCCCCCAGGGACUGUAUUUGAUGACAUCAACAAUUCUGGCUGCAUUCCCCAGCAGGAGUGCUCCUGUAUUUACAAUGGCAAAACCUAUGCUACAGGAGCUUCUUUUUCAGAACCAUGCCAGACCUGUACCUGUAAUGGGGGCCAGUGGAGCUGCCAAGACAAGUCCUGCCCUGGAACGUGCUCUGUAGUGGGAGGUUCCCACAUUUCCACCUAUGAUACGAAGCACUAUGAUCACCACGGAGACUGCACCUAUGUCCUCUCUAAGGACUGUACAGAUGAAAAAUUUACCAUCCUGGCAGAACUACGCAAGUGUGGCCUGACUGACACUGAGACCUGCCUGAAGUCAGUGACCCUCAACAUGAAUAAAGGACAAACUAUUGUGGAGGUCAAACCUGAUGGCGGUGUGUUUGUGAACUCCAUCUACACCCAGCUGCCCAUUUCAGCAGCUAAUGUCACCAUGUUCAGACCUUCCUCAUUCUUCAUGAUCAUGGACACAAGCUUUGGCGUCCAGGUUGAAGUGCAGUUCACACCCAUGAUGCAAGUGUUUGUACGUCUGGAUGCUUCUUUCAAAAACCAGACUUGUGGUCUCUGUGGAAAUUUCAAUAACAUCCAAAGUGACGACUUCAAGGUCAUAAGUGGAAUAAUUGAAGGAACAGCAUCAGCAUUUGCUAAUACAUGGAAAACUCAGGCCUCAUGCCCUAAUAUCCAGCAGAGUUUUGAGAAUCCUUGUGCACUCAGCAUUGAUAAUGAAAAAUACGCUCAGCAUUGGUGUGGACUGCUCACUGACAGCACAGGACCUUUUGCUGCUUGUCACUAUGCAGUGAAUCCCACUGUUUACCACACGAACUGCAUGUUUGACACAUGUAACUGUGAAAAUAGCGAGGACUGUCUGUGUGCAGCUCUGUCUGCCUAUGUGAGAGCUUGUGCUGCAAAAGGAAUCCAGCUGCAGGGAUGGAGGGCUGAUGUCUGCACAAAAUACACCACCUCAUGUCCCAAAUCCCUGAGUUACAGCUAUACCAUCUCUUCCUGCCAACCCACCUGCCGCUCUCUGAGUGAGCCUGAUGUCACAUGCAAUAUUAAGUUUGUCCCAGUUGAUGGCUGCACCUGUGUAAAUGGAACCUACAUGGACGAGAGUGGCAAAUGUGUGCCUGCUAAUGAGUGCCCCUGCUACUACAAAGGAUCUCCUAUACCAUUUGGAGAAGUGGUCCAUGAAAAUGGGCGUGUAUGCACUUGUGUUCAGGGGAGACUGAAUUGCAUUGGAGCACCAAAUCCAACUUCAGUCUGUGAAUCUCCCAUGGUCUACUUUGACUGUAAAAACAGCACCGCAGGAACAACUGGAGCAGAAUGUCAAAAAAGUUGCCAGACUCUGGAUAUGCAGUGUUAUAGCUCACAAUGUACAUCUGGCUGCAUAUGCCCAGAUGGGCUUGUGUUAGAUGGGAAUGGUGGUUGUAUUCCUGAAGAGGAAUGUCCAUGUAUUCACAAUGAAGCCACGUAUCAGCCUGGAGAAAAGAUCGACUUCGACUGUAACACCUGUGUAUGCAAGAAUAGGAAGUGGGAAUGUACCAAAGAUCAAUGUCUGGGCACUUGUGCUGUUUAUGGAGACGGUCAUUAUAACACCUUUGAUGACAAAAGGUUCAGCUUCAAUGGAAACUGUGAAUACACACUAGUCCAGGACCAUUGCGGAAAAAGUGGCACAGUCAACGGGACCUUCAGGGUUGCCACUGAAAAUGUUCCCUGUGGCAACACUGGGACAACUUGCUCAAAGUCUAUCAAAGUUUUCUUAGAGAGCUAUGAGCUGAUCCUUGGCGAAGAGCGUGUCAGUGUCGUAAAGAGAGGGCAGAAUGACGAGGUGCCAUACACAGUCCGCUAUAUGGGGAUGUACCUGGUAAUUGAGACCAAAAGUGGGCUGAUCCUCAUGUGGGACAAGAAAACCAGCAUCUUCAUCAAGCUCAGCCCUCGUUUCAAGGGCCAGGUCUGUGGUCUCUGUGGAAAUUAUGAUGGCAACAGCGUCAAUGACUUUACUACAAGAAGUCAGUCUGUAGUAGAGAAUGUCCUAGAGUUUGGAAACAGCUGGAAAGUAUCCUCUACGUGCCCUGAUGCUGCCAGUGUCAAGGACCCAUGUUCUACCAACCCUUAUCGGAAGUCCUGGUCAGAGAAGCAGUGUAGCAUCAUCAACAGCAACGUCUUUGCUGCCUGUCACUCUCAGGUUGAACCAGCAAAAUAUUACCAAGCAUGUGUGACAGAUGCUUGUGCCUGUGACACUGGAGGAGACUGUGAUUGCUUUUGUACAGCAGUAGCUGCCUAUGCUCAAGCAUGCAGUGAAGUUGGUGUAUGCGUAGCCUGGAGAAGCCCAACAAUUUGUCCACUGUUCUGUGAUUACUACAAUCAGCAAGGAGAAUGUGAAUGGCACUAUAAGCCUUGUGGUGCUUCCUGUAUGAAGACCUGUAAGAACCCAAGUGGAAAAUGUCUCAAUGACCUGCCAGGUUUAGAAGGCUGCUACCCUAACUGCCCACCAGACAAGCCAUAUUUUCAUGAGGAUCAGAUGAAGUGUGUUAGUCUCUGUGACUGUUAUGAUGAUGAAAAUGGAAAGAUAUAUCAGCGAGAUGAAUGUAGUAUAUGUGAGUGCACAUCAGAAGGUUUACAGUGCAAGUUCGAUGAUAAAGCCUGCAACUGCAUUUAUGAAGGGAAUAGCUAUAAAUACGGUGAACUCAUCUACAACACCACAGAUGGAACUGGAUGGUGUUUCAGUGCAACAUGCGAUGUCAAUGGAACAAUAAGCAGAAACAUCUUUAAAUGUGGCAUUUUUACAACAACCCCAUUUACAUUUUCCACAAGUCAGCCCACAACUACUGCUUCAGAAAUUACAACUGCAACACCAGUGACAACUGUAUGUGUGAAAAAUGUCUGUGUGUGGUCAGAAUGGUAUGAUUCCACUCAGCCUGAAAACAAAGAGGACAGUGGAGAUUAUGAAACAUAUCAAAAUCUCAAGGAUAAAGGAUACAGUGUCUGUACAAACCCAAGCGAUGUUCAAUGCAGAGCCAAAGAAUACCCAGAUACUGAAAUUACCAACCUUAACCAAACAAUAGAGUGUAGUCAAAGCAGAGGAUUAAUAUGCAACAACCAGGACCAAGAAUCCAAGCAGUGCUAUAAUUAUGAAAUCAGAAUAUCAUGCUGCAGAUACGUACCAUGUUCAGAAGCACAAACUACAACACCCACAACCACAAGAGAAUUCACAACUACUGCUGUAGAAUCAACACCAUUUACAGUACAGACAACAAUAAUACCAACAACACAAAAACAAGAAAGUGAAGUAACGACAACACCAAUGAGGGAACGAGACAGAACGACUCCUCAGAGUGAAACAUCAGUAACAGCAACGACAACCCAAGUCUCAACAACAGGAUACCAAAUCACAACCACGACAGGAGGAACCUCCACUGUGGUAACCCAGGCUCCAUCAUCACCCAAUACUAUUUCCACUCUCCCAGGGUCAACACUACAAACAACACCUGGCACCACAAUAACCUCCAGUACCACUGCCCUGCCAACACAAGGCACGACUAUCACUACACCUGGACCAAGAGUACCAACCCAAGGUACCACCAGUGCCAGCACCACCACAACUGCCGGGGAAAGGAGCACUCUAUCUACAGAAGGAACUCUUCCAACGGUAUUAUCCACUGUUGCUGUUCAAACAACAUCAACAAUUGCUGCCUCCACCCCUGAAAUAAAAAUAAAACCCACAAGAGGUACCACAGCUGGCCCCAGCACCACAGGCUCAGCCACCGAGGAAACAACCAUCAUCGCUACCACCACCAGCACAUCUCCCCCUCAGACUGAAGGUACAACCAUCAUCAUCCCUACAACAACAAGAGAGCCCACGCCAGCCACAAGUACUGCCAGCACUUCCAGGACUACUGAGAGAAGGACCACAAGAGCCUCUGCCACCUCUGCUCCUGGAGAAAACUCCACUGUGGCAACCCAGGCUACAACAUCUCCCACAACACCCUCUGAAGUUAAAAUAAGAACCACCACAGGAACCACAGCUGGCCUCAGCGCAACCAUCACCACUCCACCCACAACAACUGGGCCCACGCCAGCCGCCACCACAAUCCGCAUCUCCAAUAGCACAGACAACUGCGUGGUGGAGCGCUGUGCCUGGACACAGUGGUUUAAUGUGGACUCCCCUACUCCAGGCAGCGAAAAUGGAGAUUCAGAGACAUUUGAAAACAUCAGAGCUGCUGGGUAUGAGCUGUGUGACAAGCCUCAAGACAUCAAGUGCCGAGCUAAAGACUACCCAGACUCAAUUGUAAAAAUAAUGGAACAGAAAUUUGACUGCAGCCUUGACAGGGGACUUGUGUGCAGAAAUAAGGACCAGACUCUCAAGUACCCCACGUGCUUUGACUAUGAGGUCUCAGUGCUGUGCUGUGACCGAAAACACUGCCAGACAACAGUACCAACCGCAGCAACCACUGUAAGCACCUCCACAACACACAUCCCAGCAGAAACCACCACAAUAGCAGCACAACCUGCAGCAACACCAACUGCUGUCGGCACACUUCCACAGCAAGUAAUAACAACCACCGUAGGAACAACAAGCACCCUCUCACCACAAGGAACCACCAUUGUCACGCCAAGAUACACAGAGCCGAUGAAAUUGAAAACCACCACAGGCAACACGGCUGUCCCCAGUACCACAGGCUCAGCCAGAGAGGAAACAACCAUCAUCACUACCACCACCAGCACCUCUCCCCCUCAGACUGAAGGUACAACCAUCAUCAUCCCAACAACAAGAGAGCCCACACCAGCCACGAGCACUGCCAGCACCUCCAGGACUACCGAGAGAAGCACCACAAGACCCUCUGCCACCUCUGCUCCAGGAGAAACAUCCACAGUGGAAACUCAGGCUACAACAUCUCCCACAACACCCUCUGAAGUUAAAAUACGAACCACCACAGGAUCCACAGCAGGCCCCAGCAUCACAGGCUCAGCUGGACAGGAAACAACCAUCAUUGCUACCACCACCAGCACCUCUCCCCCUCAGACUGAAGGAACGACAACCAACACCCCACCAACAACAACAGUGUCUACCCCAGUCACCAGCACUGCCAGCACCACCAGGACCACUGCAGGAAGCACCACAAGACCCUCUGCCACCUCUGCUCCACGAGAAACCUCCACUGUGGCGACCGAGACUACAAGACCUCUCACAACAACGUCCAGAGUUAAAAUAAGAACCACAACAGGAAGCACAGCUGGCCCCAGCACCACAGGCUCAGCCAGAGAGGAAACAACCAUCAUUGCUACCACCACCAGCACCUCUCCCCGUCCGACUGAAGGUACAACCAUCAUCAUCCCAACAACAAGAGAGCCCACACCAGCCACGAGCACUGCCAGCACCUCCAGGACUACCGAGAGAAGCACCACAAGAGCCUCUGCCACCUCUGCUUCAGGAGAAACCACCACACUGGAAACUCAGGCUACAACAUCUCCCACAACGCCCUCUGAAGUUAAAAUAAGAACCACCACAGGAUCCACAGCUGGCCCCACCACGACAGGCUCAGCAGGAGAGGAAACAACCAUCAUUGCUACCACCACCAGCACCUCUCCCCCUCAGACUGAAGGAACGACCACCAUUACCCCACCCACAACAACAGUGUCUACCCCAGCCACCAGCACUGCCAGCACCACCAGGACCACUGCAGGAAGCACCACAAGAGCCUCUGCCACCUCUGCUCCAGGAGAAACGUCCACAGUGGAAACUCAGGCUACAACAUCUCCCACAACACCCUCUGAAGUUAAAAUACGAACCACCACAGGAUCCACAGCAGGCCCCAGCACCACAGGCUCAGCCGGACAGGAAACAACCAACAUUUCUACCACCACCAGCACCUCUCCCCCUCAGACUGAAGGAAUGACAACCAUCACCCCACCAACAACAACAGUGUCUACCCCAGCCACCAGCACUGCCAGCACCACCAGGACCACUGCAGGAAGCACCACAAGAGCCUCUGCCACCUCUGCUCCACGAGAAACCUCCACUGUGGCAGCCGAGACUACAAGACCUCUCACAACAACAUCCAGAGUUAAAAUAAGAACCACAACAGGAAGCACAGCUGGCUCCAGCACCACAGGCUCAGUCGGACAGGAAACAACCAUCAUUGCUACCACCACCAGCACCUCUCCCCCUCAGACUGAAGGUACAACCACCAUCACCCCACCCACAACAACAGUGUCUACCCCGGCCACCAGCACUGCCAGCACCUCCAGGACCACUGCAGGAAGCACCACAAGACCCUCUGCCACCUCUGCUCCACGAGAAACCUCCACUGUGGCGACCGAGACUACAACACCUAUCACAACGCCCUCUGAAGUUAAAAUACGAACCACAACAGGAUCCACAGCUGGCCCCAGCACCACAGGCUCAGCCGGAGAGGAAACAACCAUCAUUGCUACCACCACCAGCACCUCUCCCCCUCAGACUGAAGGUACAACCAUCAUCAUCCCAACAACAAGAGAGCCCACACCAGCCACGAGCACUGCCAGCACCUCCAGGACUACCGAGAGAAGCACCACAAGACCCUCUGCCACCUCUGCUCCAGGAGAAACGUCCACAGUGGAAACUCAGGCUACAACAUCUCCCACAACACCCUCUGAAGUUAAAAUACGAACCACCAAAGGAUCCACAGCAGGCCCCAGCACCACAGGCUCAGCCGGACAGGAAACAACCAACAUUGCUACCACCACCAGCACCUCUCCCCCUCAGACUGAAGGAACGACAACCAUCACCCCACCAACAACAACAGUGUCUACCCCAGCCACCAGCACUGCCAGCACCACCAGGACCACUGCAGGAAGCACCACAAGAGCCUCUGCCACCUCUGCUCCACGAGAAACCUCCACUGUGGCAGCCGAGACUACAAGACCUCUCACAACAACGUCCAGAGUUAAAAUAAGAACCACAACAGGAAGCACAGCUGGCUCCAGCACCACAGGCUCAGUCGGACAGGAAACAACCAUCAUUGCUACCACCACCAGCACCUCUCCCCCUCAGACUGAAGGAACGACAACCAUCACCCCACCAACAACAACAGUGUCUACCCCAGCCACCAGCACUGCCAGCACCUCCAGGACCACUGCAGGAAGCACCACAAGAACCUCUGCCACCUCUGCUCCACGAGAAACCUCCACUGUGGCGACCGAGACUACAACACCUAUCACAACGCCCUCUGAAGUUAAAAUACGAACCACAACAGGAAGCACAGCUGGCCCCAGCACCACAGGCUCAGCCAGAGAGGAAACAACCAUCAUUGCUACCACCACCAGCACCUCUCCCCCUCAGACUGAAGGUACAACCAUCAUCAUCCCAACAACAAGAGAGCCCACACCAGCCACGAGCACUGCCAGCACCUCCAGGACUACCGAGAGAAGCACCACAAGACCCUCUGCCACCUCUGCUCCAGGAGAAAUGUCCACAGUGGAAACUCAGGCUACAACAUCUCCCACAACACCCUCUGAAGUUAAAAUACGAACCACCAAAGGAUCCACAGCAGGCCCCAGCACCACAGGCUCAGCCGGACAGGAAACAACCAAUAUUGCUACCACCACCAGCACCUCUCCCCCUCAGACUGAAGGAACGACAACCAUCACCCCACCAACAACAACAGUGUCUACCCCAGUCACCAGCACUGCCAGCACCACCAGGACCACUGCAGGAAGCACCACAAGAGCCUCUGCCACCUCUGCUCCACGAGAAACCUCCACUGUGGCAGCCGAGACUACAAGACCUCUCACAACAACACUGAAGGAACGACAACCAUCACCCCACCAACAACAACAGUGUCUACCCCAGCCACCAGCACUGCCAGCACCUCCAGGACCACUGCAGGAAGCACCACAAGAGCCUCUGUCACCUCUGCUCCACGAGAAACCUCCACUGUGGCGACCGAGACUACAACACCUAUCACAACGCCCUCUGAAGUUAAAAUACGAACCACAACAGGAAGCACAGCUGGCCCCAGCACCACAGGCUCAGCUGGAGAGGAAACAACCAUCAUUGCUACCACCACCAGCACCUCUCCCCCUCAGACUGAAGGUACAACCAUCAUCAUCCCAACAACAAGAGAGCCCACACCAGCCACGAGCACUGCCAGCACCUCCAGGACUACCGAGAGAAGCACCACAAGACCCUCUGCCACCUCUGCUCCAGGAGAAACGUCCACAGUGGAAACUCAGGCUACAACAUCUCCCACAACACCCUCUGAAGUUAAAAUACGAACCACCACAGGAUCCACAGCUGGCCCCACCACCACAGGCUCAGCAGGAGAGGAAACAACCAUCAUCGCUACCACCACCAGCACCUCUCCCCCUCAGACUGAAGGAACGACCACCAUUACCCCACCCACAACAACAGUGUCUACCCCAGCCACCAGCACUGCCAGCACCACCAGGACCACUGCAGGAAGCACCACAAGAGCCUCUGCCACCUCUGCUCCUGGAGAAAACUCCACUGUGGCAACCCAGGCUACAACAUCUCCCACAACACCCUCUGAAGUUAAAAUAAGAACCACCACAGGAACCACAGCUGGCCUCAGCGCAACCAUCACCACUCCACCCACAACAACUGGGCCCACGCCAGCCGCCACCACAAUCCGCAUCUCCAAUAGCACAGACAACUGCGUGGUGGAGCGCUGUGCCUGGACACAGUGGUUUAAUGUGGA